AUCGGAUUCCUCUUCUUGGCAAGAAAUGGAACAGUGAGCUCUCGACUCCUAGGAACCCUUUCGAAUUUGCGUUUCAAUCUGUUGAUUCCCGUUCUCCUUUGUCACGUUUUGCUGAAUUGGGUCGAAUCGCUCCGAUUCAGAUUUUGAUUUCGUUGAGUUGUUCGUGAAGAUUAUUCUUUGAGGAGUCUGGCCUUCCUUCCUGCUUUUUGGGUGUUUCUCUUGCUGGUUGAUUGGCGCAGAUUUGUUGAAGUGAUUCACUUGUCCAAGAGAUUUUGGAAUUCUAAUAGAGACUUUAGAAGAUGAUUUCUAGGUCAUAUACCAAUUUGUUAGACUUGGCGUCUGGGAACUUCCCUGUUAUGGGAAGAGAGAGGAGGCGGCUUCCUCGGACGAUGACGGUUCCCGAUAAUGUGUGUGAGCUCGAUGAAGAUCAGGCCUAUAGCGUGUCAUCCGAUAACCCGUCCUCGAUUUCCUCUGACCGAAUGAUCAUUGUGGCUAAUCGGCUUCCCUUGAGGGCAGAGAGAUGCAAUGGAAGCUGGAGUUUUAGUUGGAACCAGGAUUCAUUGUACUUACAGCUUAAGGAUGGCUUGCCGGAGGAUAUGGAGGUAUUAUAUGUAGGAUCCUUGGGUGUUGAUGUCGAACCUCGUGAGCAAGAUGAUGUGGCGCAGAUACUGUUGGAUAGAUUUAAGUGUGUUCCGACUUUUCUUCCACCAGAUUUGCGAUCAAAGUUUUAUGAUGGUUUCUGCAAGAGGCUGCUGUGGCCACUCUUCCAUUACAUGCUGCCCUUUUCAGCAGAUCAUGGAGGCAGAUUCGAGAGGUCUCUUUGGGAAGCUUAUGUGGCAGCAAAUAAAUUGUUCUUCCAGAAAGUGAUCGAGGUUAUAAACCCCGAUGAUGAUUACGUGUGGAUACAUGACUACCAUUUGAUGGUCCUACCGACAUUUCUGAGAAGACGUUUUAAUCGGAUAAGGAUGGGUUUUUUCCUCCACAGUCCAUUCCCCUCGUCUGAGAUAUACAGGAGUCUUCCUGUUCGCGAAGAGAUACUUAAGGCUUUGCUCAAUAGUGAUCUCAUUGGUUUCCACACAUUUGAUUAUGCCCGUCAUUUCCUUGCUUGUUGCAGUCGGAUGCUAGGUCUGGAAUAUCAAUCUAGAAGAGGCUACAUUGGUCUUGAAUAUUUUGGAAGAACUGUGGGAAUCAAGAUUAUGCCUGUUGGGAUCAGUAUGCCACGGAUUCAAUCCGUGAUGAGACUUUCAGAAGAGGAGGGUAAGGUGAGAGAGCUCGAAAAGCGUUUUGAAGGUAGGACAGUGUUGCUUGGCAUUGAUGAUAUGGAUGUUUUCAAGGGUAUUAACUUGAAGCUUCUAGCCAUGGAACAGAUGCUUAAGCUACAUUCAAAAUGGAGGGGAAGGGCUGUCCUUGUCCAGAUUGUAAAUCCUGCUAGGGGUAAAGGAAUUGAUAUGGUGGAAACAUGUGCUGAAUUACAAGAAAGUUGCAGGAGGAUCAAUAAAGAAUUUGGGGAACCCGGGUAUCAACCCAUCGUAUAUAUUGAUAUUCCAGUUCCUAUAAGUGAAAAGGUUGCUUAUUACAAUAUUGCUGAGUGUGUAGUUGUCACAGCCGUUAGAGAUGGUAUGAACCUUACUCCUUAUGAAUAUAUCGUCUGUAGACACGGGUUGUUUGGCUCUGAAUUAGAUUCCAGCACUCCAAAGAAAAGCAUGCUGGUUGCAUCAGAGUUUAUUGGGUGCUCUCCUUCACUUAGUGGGGCUAUACGUGUAAACCCAUGGAAUGUUGAGGCGACUGCAGAGGCAUUGAAUGAGGCCAUCUCAAUGGAUGAUUCCGAGAAACAGCUGCGUCAUGAAAAACAUUUCCGGUAUGUUGGUAGCCAUGACGUAGGUUAUUGGUCUAGAAGUUUCUUGCAAGACUUGGAGAGGAUAUGCGCUGACCAUUUCAAGAAACGGUGUUGGGGAAUGGGGAUUAGCUUCGGUUUCAGAGUUGUUGCACUUGAUCCCAAUUUCAGAAAGCUUUCAAUUCCCUACAUUGUGUCAGAUUACAAAAGGGCAACAAGUAGGGCUAUAUUGUUGGAUUACGAUGGCACUUUGAUGCCACAAAACUCCAUCAACAAAGCUCCCAGCCGGGAAGUUAUCGACCUCUUGAAUGCACUUUGUUCCGACCCGAAGAAUAAAGUUUUCAUAGUCAGUGGAAGAGGGAGGGACAGCUUAGACAAGUGGUUUAGUCCUUGCGAAAGCCUUGGAAUUGCCGCUGAGCAUGGAUACUUCUUGAGGUGGUCCCAGGAUGACGAAUGGGAAACUUGUGGUCAGAGUGCUGACUUUGGGUGGAUGCAGAUUGUGGAGCCUGUAAUGAAACAAUAUGCUGAAUCUACUGAUGGCUCGACAAUUGAAGCUAAAGAGAGUGCUUUGGUUUGGCAAUACCGGGAUGCAGAUCCUGUCUUUGGAUCUUUACAGGCAAAGGAAAUGUUAGAGCACUUAGAGAAUGUUCUAGCUAAUGAGCCUGUUGCUGUUAAAAGUGGUCACUACAUCGUCGAAGUCAAGCCUCAGGGCGUUAGCAAAGGAUCUGUGGCAGAAAAGAUUUUCACAUCAAUGGCCAAGACGGGGGAGGCAGUUGAUUUUGUGCUAUGCAUAGGCGAUGACCGGUCUGACGAGGACAUGUUUGAAUCCAUAGGUAAUGCGAUGUCGAAAAAGAUUCUGUCUGAAAAUGCUCUAGUCUUUGCAUGCACAGUUGGCCAAAAGCCGAGCAAGGCAAAGUAUUACCUGGACGACACCUCUGAAGUGACCAGCAUGGUUGAAUCGCUGGCCGAAGUGUCAGAGACUUCGAGCUUCUCUACAAGAGACCUCGAGGGUGCCCUUUGAGUUGUAACUCGUUCUCUUUACCAGAUGGUGAAAUGUACAUCGGAAGGUGAAGAAAGACUGCUGGAACUUGGUCGGAAUUUGAUGUAAGGCUCUGAAGGUAAGUUGCCAGAUGCUCAGAAUGCAUUUGUUUGGAUUUUUUUCCCCUUUUUCUUUAAUGCGCAGAGGAUGUAGCAUUACCAGCUAAGUUCUUUUCUUUGAUCCUCUGAUUUUGGUAAUUGAUUCUGCCACAACUCAGGUAGAAAUCAAUACUGUUUUUUUUUGUUGUUGCAAAUUCUCUAUUGCCAUCUGAUAUUUGGAUUCAGGGUGUUUAUUGGAUCUGUGAAAAAAAAAGGGUGUUAUGUAAAGAUAACUUUGUGUCUUAGGAAUUUGUAACAUUUGGAUAUGGCUUUUUAUUA